UGUGGAGGAGUCGCUGCGGGAGCUGCUCAGGUUGGGGGGGUGGAACAGCUGUUUUGUAGAUUUGGAAGCAACAGUUUUUCCUCCAGACAGAAGCAGCAGAGACGUCGAGGCAGAAGAAAACCAACUAAACCUUUAUCCUCCUUCAGCUCCUGCUUUGGUUUCAAGAACAUUGGCUGGUCCUCAGCUUCUUCUUCUCUGGCCUCAUUCAGAGGACGAUGAGUUCAGGCACACAGGCUCUGGAGCUCUUGUCCUGAAGCAGUGAUCGAUCAUGGCGGCCGUCAGCGUGGUGCUGUUGGUGGCGCUGGCGUCCGUCCGCUGUGGGACCGUGAGCGCCGCCCUGGAGGUGACCAGAGGAGGCUGGGUCUCCGUCACAGAGGCAGAGCUGCAGAUCAACGUGGAGCCGAGCUCCGACUGCAAAGUGGAGGUGGUGAUGAACGAACCCAUGACCCAGAGAGUGGGGAGGAUGAGUCCACAGGUGUUUGACUGCAGCUUCACAGAGGAUGAGGUCAAGUACGUCCAUGAUGGCAGUCCUCUGCUGGACGAGGACACGCUGAUGCUCAGAGUCUACAGGUUCACGUCUCGGGACACCCGGGUGGAGACGCUGGUCCUGACGGUGCGGGUGGUGGCCUCGGACUCUGCUGUGGUGGAGCUGGGUAGCGUUCCUCUGGUGGUUCCUCAGUUCUUGGGUUUAUCCAACGCCAUCGAUAGCAGCGUCCUCAACAUCAGGGCCUCCUCAGACCUGCUCUGCACCAUCAGACUGAUGACCUCCGACACCAGCGUCCCUGCCGUGGGUCAGCUGGUCCGGGAGGAGGACCCGGCUCAGAGGAAGGGCCGACAGGCAGCACGUCUCUGUCCUGGAAACAAACCGUGUCUUCACCACACCUCCGAGGUUCGCUUCCUGAAAACCAGCUGCCACGACUUCCUGAGCUCAGGCCUGAAGUACCAGCACCUCAGUCCCCCGUCCCCAGAGAUCGACUACGUCCCCAUCAGGGUGGAGCUGAGGGACCAGGUCUCCAGGGUCCUGCUGGAGGCGGAGUCUCUGUGGAUCCCGGUUCUGAUCCAUGGCGCCAUGCAGAACCAGCCUCCUCAGGCUGCCUUCAUGGCCUCCUUCAUCCUGGAGGUGGACCAGUUUGUCCUGACGCCGCUCACCACCGCCGCCCUGGACGCCCAGGACCCCGAGACGCCCCAGGAGAGACUGAUCUUCAAUGUGACCGCCCCCCCCACUGAGGGCUACAUCACCCACCUGGACGACCACACCAAGCCCAUCCGGUCCUUCACCUGGCUGGACCUCAACGACAUGAAGGUGGCCUACCAGCCCCCCAACAGCAGCCGGGCUCAGCGCACCAACUACAAGGUGGAGGUCCAGGCUGUGGACGGGUUCUUCAUGACCAGCCCCCCCAUCAUGGUCCACAUCUCCAUCAGGGCGUCUGAAACCAAUGCCCCCAGGGUCUCGUGGAACAUGGGUCUGGACCUGCUUGAGGGUCAGUCUAGACCAAUCACAUGGGAGGAGCUUCAGGUGGUGGACAAGGACAACGUGGAGGACGUUCAGCUGGUGGCGGUGGACGGACCUCAACACGGACGCCUCAGGAUCAGAGGUGGGGGGGCGUUCAUGUUUCGGGUGCGGGACCUGAAGGAGGGCGUGGUCGUCUACCAUCACUCUGACAGCGACUCCACCCGCGACCACAUCGUCUUCCGCAUCAGUGACGGUCGCCACAGCAUCCGCCACAAGUUCCCCAUCAACAUCCUCCCCAAAGACGACUCGCCGCCGUUCCUCAUCAACAACGUGGCCGUGGAGGUGCAGGAGGGCGGCGCCGUGCGGCUCCAGGAGUACAUGCUGCUGGCCUCCGACCUGGACUCCAGCGAUGACUACAUCCUGUACCGGACCGUCUCCGCCCCCCGGGCCGGGCAGCUGGUCAGGAAGACCUCGGUCCAGGAGAAGGGACGUCCCGUGGACAGUUUCCUGCAGAGAGACCUGGUCCAGGGUCAGAUCUACUACCAGCACUCGGGGGACGAGCAGUUCGAGGACUCCUUCGACGUGACGCUGUCCGACAGCCACCAGCCGCCCAACCUCUCCCAGACUUAUACGGUGGUGGUCCACGUCUUCCCGGUGAAGGACCAGCUGCCGGUGGAGGUUCCAGGCACCGUGAGGUCUCUGACGGUGAAGGAGACCGAGGUGGUCUACAUCACCCAGACUCACCUCCACUUCACAGACCCAGAGAAUCCUGACGCCGACCUGACCUACGCCAUCACGCAGCCCUGCUUCAGCCAGAUGCUUCCUGGACUGAUGGACGCUGGACGUCUGUUCUACACCGACAGCACCAAUGCCAUGAAGAAAGACCACAUGGUUCCGGUGCUGAAGUCCUUCACUCAGAACGCCAUCAACCACAUGAAAGUGGCCUUCAUGCCUCCUGUGGAGGACAUCGGUCUUGAGCCUCUGUUGGUCCAGUUCAUAUUCUCCGUCAGUGACCACCACGGAGGCACCGUCUCCGGCCUCCGCUUCAACAUCACCAUCACCCCGGUGGACGACCAGGCUCCAGAGGUCUUCACCAACCCUCUGCGGGUGGAGGAGGGCGGAGGCUCCUUUGUGACUGAGGAGCACCUCCUGGUCCGGGACCGGGACACUCGGGAGGAGGCGCUGAAGGUGGAGGUCCAGAGGACGCCCCCCCAUGGUAGACUGGAGCUACAGGGACGGACUCUGCUGGAGGGGGACUCCUUCACCCUACAGGACCUCAGAGGACUCCGGCUCAGGUACCUCCAUGAUGACUCUGAGACCCUGGAGGACCAGACCAGUCUGAGGGCGACCGACGGUCUGAACUCUGCUGACCUGGUUCUGCUCAUUCAGGUCCUACCGAUGAACGACGAACCCCCCCAGCUGGGCCCGGGUCUGCGGGGGGAGCUGAGCUGUGAGGAGGGGGGACGGGUCCAGGUGACGGUGGACUACCUGUCGGCCACGGACCGGGACAGCGACGACUCUGGUCUGACCUACAUGCUGGCCCGGCGUCCAGGCCGAGGGGACCUGCAGAGAGCUGGACUGGUGGUGGACAAGUUCUCCCAGCUGGACCUGCUGCAGGGACACGUCUACUACGUCCACACAGGUGGGGAGAUCGGACCUGAGCCGGUGUUGGACACUGUGACCCUGAUCGUGUCGGAUGGUGAGGUCGGAGCAGAGGACGGCUGUUGCCACGGAGACGCCCCGCCCCCCCCUGUUCCCCUCCACGGCACACUUCCUGUUUACGACCUGAACGUCACGGUUCUACCCGUCAACAACAGGGUUCCCUCCAUCCGCCUGGGUGAGUCCGUGCUGGUGGUGGAGGAGGGGUCCUCGGUCCCUCUGAGUGGGGGGGUCCUUGGCGCUUCAGACCCAGACAGCCCCCCCGAUCAGCUGACCUUUCACCUGGAGACUCCGCCUCUUCACGGCUUCCUGGAGAACACGCUGCCCCCGGUGGGCUCUGAGAAAAGUAGCCGGGGAAUCCCACUCGAAUCCUUCAGUCUCGCCCAUCUGACCUCCGGCUUCAUCAACUACGUCCAAUCAGAGCACAGAGGGGCGGAGCCAACGGUGGACCAGCUGUCCAUCAGUGUGAGUGACGGGCUGCAUAGCUCCGCCCCCGUCCCCAUCUACAUCAUCAUCAGUCCGACCAAUGAUGAGCCACCGUCGCUGCUUCUCGCCAACUUCACGGUGGAGGAGGGCGGAGUCAGGGAGCUGUCUCCGUCCCUAUUGGACGCCUUCGACCUGGACGCCCCCCCAGACGUCCUCACCUUUACAGUGCGACGGGCUCCGUCUCACGGACGUCUCCUCAACGGCGUCUACGGCACCGAGAGGAGGCGCUACCAGGGGACAGGAGCACACCUCCUGCUGGAGAGCCUCCUCAUCACCUCCUUCACCCUGCAGGAGCUCCGACAAGGCCUGAAGAUCGUGUACCUGCACGAUGACACAGAAACCGUGGAGGACGCCGUGUCUCUGCAGCUGACAGAUGGCGUCCACUCGGUGGAGGCGACGGCUCAGGUCAACGUGCUGCCGGUCAACGACAACAAACCACAGCUGAUCAAGAACGCUGGGCUGCAGGUGGACUCAGGUGAGCUCAGGGUGAUUUCCAGCGUUGCUCUGGAGGCCGAAGACUUGGACACGCCUCCUCACCAGGUGUUCUACUUCCUGAAUGCAGCUCCACGCUUCGGGAAGCUGCAACUGAAGACUGGGUCGGGUUGGACCGAGCUGUCGGCCGGUCAGAACUUCACUCAGGAUGACGUGGACAUGAACCGACUCUGGUACCGACACUCGGCCUCCACCAACGCUGCCAACGGCUUCAAAGGCCACGACAGCUUCCGCUUCACGCUCAGCGACCUGGACAACCAGAGUCCGACCCAGAGCUUCUUCGUGUCGGUCCACGCGCUGCAGAAAGGUGACGUGGUUCUGCAGAGUCGUCCCGUUCGGCUGAGCGAAGGCCAGCGGGUCGUCCUCAGCACCGACAUCCUGCAGGCCUCGGACUCAGGCAGCCGGCCGGAGGACCUGGUCUACACGGUGACGGUCCCGCCGCGCCACGGUAUCGUCCACGCCGUCCGACGCCCGGGGGUCCCACUCAGCAGCUUCACACAGCUGGACCUGGCGGCUCAGAGAGUCUGUUACACCCACGACAACAGCCACCAGGACCAGGACGACUCCUUCAGUUUUGUCGUGUCUAACGGGGACUCGUCUCUCAGCGGCGUCCUCCACUUCACCAUCGAACACGCCGACCGUGUCCCUCCCACCCUCGCCCGCAACGCUGUCCUCCGCCUGCAGGGCGGCUCCACAGCGACCAUCACCUCCGACCUGCUGCAGCUGACCGACCCAGACACCGAGGCCACCUCCCUGGACUACGUCAUCACGCGGCCUCCUCGCCACGGGCGGCUGCUGCUGGGAGGAGCCGAGCUGCCCUCCCCCCCACGCUUCUCCCAGAGCCACGUGGACCAGCUGAACCUGGUCUACAGCCACCACCCGGGCAGCCCCGCCCACUCAGACCAGUUCUACUUCCUCCCCAGUGACGGACACAACACAGGAUACCUGGAGUUAGGACAACUGAGGGCGGAGCCUGCGGUGUUCCACAUACAGGUGGACCGAGUGGACCGGACUCCACCCACUCUGACCUCCAGGUGGAGUCCCAGCACCGUGGUGGAUCUGGGAGACGGACGACACGGCAUCUUCAUCACCAACAAACAUCUACAGGCCUCGGACCCUGAGAGCCCCCCUGAGGAGCUGGAGUUCUCCAUCAGAAGGCCCCCACGCUUUGGACACCUGGAAAACACCGCCACAGGCGCCUACAUCAGAGGUCGUUUCACUCAGGAGGACGUGGACCAGCGCUCCGUCCUCUUCAUCCUCCCCUCAGACAUGGAGGUGACGGCCGACGGCUUCGAGUUCCUUCUCAGCGACCGGGCAGGAAACACCAUGCUGCCUCAGACACUGGAGCUGUCCUGGUCUCGGGUGGAGCUGUCGGCGACCUGCUACAGAACCUGCGAGACGGCAGGAACUCUUCAGAUCCAGAUCCAGCGCAGCGGCAGGAGCAUCGACCCGGCAUACGUUGCCAUCCAGGCGGACGGAGGAUCAGCUAAACCCGGCAGAGACUUCACUCACAGCUCAGCCAGUCUGAUCCAGUUUGACCCAGGAGUGAACGUGAAGACUUGGAACAUUUACCUGACGGACGAUGGCCUGGAGGAAAACCACGAGACCUUCAAUGUCACCCUGACAAAUCCACGCAACGCCGUCCUGGGACCAAGGAGCUCAGCGACGGUGGAGAUCAUCGACCCCCGAGGAGGACGAUGUGAACCUCCUCCUCGUCUCCAGGACCCCCGUCCAGAGGAGGACGACCCGGUCACGGACAUCGAGGCCGAGCUGCUGUGGGAGAACCAGCCUCCUCCGUCCAGAGGAGACGUCCCAGACCACCAGUCCCACCUGGACGAUGGACACAAAGAACAUCAGGACCAGGAGGCCCCCAGCUCCAGGCGGCCGACCGGGACAAAGACCUGGACCAGGACUGGAUCCAGAGGACUACAGAACCUGAAGGUGUCGUCUGAGGAGCAGGUCUGGACGUUCCACAGUCUGACUCCUCUCCGUGUGGAGGAGGCGCAGCCGGGUUGGACUCCUGGUCACCUCCUGGAGGAGGAGCUUCAAGUCAGAGAGUCUCCUCAGAGGGAUCAGCCAAUGAGGAGACGGCAGGAGCUCGGCCAGUGUCCUGAGGGAUGGACUCUCUACAGUGACGCCUGUUUCUUCCUCAGUUCAUCUGAAGCCAGUUGGAGCAGCGCAGAGAGAAUCUGCUCCAUGACAUUGAACAGCAGUCUGAGCAACGUGUCGUCCAGACGAGACGUCAGCUGGCUCUGGAGGUUCGCUGGGAGGAAGCCAUUUUGGAUCGGCCGCUCCCCGUCCUCCUCCAGACUGAAGGAGGUGAUGCUGAGUGAUGACUCCUCAGGUUGUGUCCUGGUUGAAAAGCCCAGAAGAUGGAUUUCCACCAGCUGUUCAUCAGAGACUCACAGCUUCAUGUGUUCAUCCCCAGCUCGACGAUAACGGCGCCACUUCCUGUCAUAGAUAUGUAUAAACACUAGAUGCCGCCUCCACCGCCUCCACCUAUUGGAAUGAUGCGUUGGCGCGGCCGCCAUCUUGUUCAGGGUGAAGCUGUGUCUACUCAUAUAUAUAUAUAUAUAUACAUACGUAUGUAUAUAUAUAUAUAUAUACAUAUACAUACAUAUAUAUAUAUAUAUACAUACGUAUGUAUAUAUAUAUAUAUACACACACACUAUGGUACUGAGUGUAUUAGUGAACGGAGGCAGAGGUCUAUCAACGAUUACAAUCAUCAUAACUCACUGAAUUUACAACCGAUUUUCAAUCCGUCUGGUUUAUUAUAAAUAAUAAAACCAGAAUGUAGCAUCUAGUGUUUAUAUAUCUAUGACUCCUGAAAUGAAGUUACUUCCUGUAACAAUGUCAGGUCCUGUAAUGAAGUGUGUUCCUGUAAAGAUGUCACUUCCUGUAAUGAUGUUACUUCUGUAAUGAAGCUGCUCUGUACAUUAGUGUCUGAUUAAACCCAAUUGAUAUAGUGUU